GAUAACAAUGCAAAACCUCAACAGAUACAAAAAAGUGGAAUAACCCCUAGUUUCUUAUUGAAAACAUUUUAAAUUACGGUUUGUUUCUAUGUCCAAGUACUUGUUAUUGAGUUACUGGUUUGGAGUCAUAACUUCAAGCUCACAAUUCUCCAGAAUGAUAUCUGAAUGAGUUCACAGUUGCCUAAUACAGCAACCUUUGGCUGGUUUUUGCAAUAUCUCUUUCUUCCUACCCCUAUUCCAUUUCAGAACAAACUAUGAGAUGUUAAUGAUUAUUAUUUGUCUACACUGUACCUUUUACCUCUCAACAUUUGUUAUAAUCUAAACAGGUGGGCAAUGCUAGAAUCCUAAGAGCACCAAAAAAGAACUAUUUGCCAUGUCAGACUUCCUCUGGUUUGAAGGAAUACCUUUCUCUGCUCUAGGGCAUGAAAAAGAAAUUAUUGGAGAGUGCUGCAAUAAGUUUGGAUUCAGAGAUGAAGACACAGUUAUACUGAGUUACCCAAAAUCUGGAACUAACUGGCUUGUUGAGACUGUCUGCUUGAUUCAAACCAAGGGGAAUCCCAAGUGGAUUCAAUCUGUGCCUAUCUGGGAACGCUCACCCUGGGUAGAGACUAAAACAGGGUAUCCACAAUUAAUCAAUCAAAAAGGACCACGCCUCAUGAUUUCCCACCUUCCCAUCCAUCUUUUUCCCAAGUCUUUCUUUAGUUCCAAGGCUAAGGUCAUCUACGUCAUCAGAAAUCCCAGAGAUGUUCUUGUAUCUGGUUAUUUUUUCUUUGCUAAUAAAAACAUUAUUAAGAAUCCAGCAUCACUAGCAACUUAUUUUGACUGGUUUCUCAAAGGACAUGUGAUAUAUGGAUCAUGGUUUGAACAUACCAGUGCCUGGCUUUCCAUGAGAGCAAGGAACAACUUUUUACUAAUUAGCUAUGAAGACAUGAUAAAGGACACAAGAGAAACCAUAGAGAAGAUCUGUGACUUCCUAGGAAAGAAAUUAGAGAAAGAUGAGCUGGAUCUGGUUCUCAAGUAUAGUUCCUUCCAAGCCAUGAAAGAAAACAACAUGUCUAAUUAUAGUAUCCUCCCAGACCAUAUAAUUAUUAAAGAUUUGGUCCUUAUGAGAAAAGGCACAAUUGGGGACUGGAAGAAUCACUUCACAGUAGCCCAAGCUGAAGCCUUCGAUAAAGUAUUCCAGGAGAAAAUGGCUGGUUUUUCUCCAAGCCUUUUCCCAUGGCAACAUGAAGUGAUCUGUCUUCUACACUGUACGUAGCUGGAGCAUGUAAGACCUCAAAGCCUGCCUUCACUGUGAAACACCUCCACUGACAGUGCUACAACUACUCUAACAAGGCUAUGCCUACUAAUACUGCUACUCUCUAUAAUACAAUUACUCUGAGGCUACAAUACAAUUAUUCUGAGGAGGUAUCCUAACCUGAGAGCUGGAAACCUGCUAAGGGGAACUGAUUCCUUCUGGUGCCUACAGAGAAGUUCAACCCAACAAACAACCUGUUCAGACUCCACUGAAGGCCUUCAUAUGGGCCAUGAAUGAAGUUUAACAAGUUUGAACUGAAAAAAAAGCAGAAGCUAUUCCACCAGCAGAGUUAGUUCCAUAACACAGCUUAAGAAGGAAAGUAAACCAACUCCAGGCUUAGCAAAGAAAAGGUAUUAAUUGAGGUUAUUAUAUUUUUUAUUUUCCUUUUAAUUCUUUAUAAAACUUUUAUGUUAGUAAACAGACUGGCAAGUUUCAGUUUCCAUAAAUGUAUGUAACUGUACUUUGUCUUUUUUAUACUGUUAUUACUUUUAUUACUAUUUGUUUUUAUUUAUGUAUGUUUUAUUGUGUGGAGUUAUUUGUAUGGAAGUGCCCAUAGAGGCCAGGAGAGGGUGGAAAAAUCCCUUAGGUGGUAGAGUUACAAGAGAUUUAUUAUUAUUAACUGCAUGAUGUAGUUGCUAGGAGUAGAUUUCAGCUGUUAGCUCUCACUUCAUAGUUCAGUAGAUCUGGCAGUGAAUCUGUCUGGAUUUUCUCUUUUCUUUGUUGGGGAUAAUAUUUCUGGAUCUUGUUUCUUGUAGAGUCACAUUUAGAAAUUGAAUUUUGAAAUAAAUAAGUGUAUAAAUAUA